UUGUCUUACGGUUGAAAAUGUCUCCAAACUAAACAUUACUGCAGACAUGGUCGUCCUUAGCGCUUGCCACACUGCCCGUGGAAAGGUCAGCAUCGAAGGAGUCCUUGGAUUGGCAAGAGCAUUUCUGAUGGCUGGUGCAAAGUCUGUGGUUACAGCUCUGUGGGCCAUUCCUGACAGUGCAACUAUGAUGUUCAUGGAGAAAUUUUUCAGAAAUCUUCGUGAAAUGCGUGUUGGCGAUGCCUUGUCUACAACUAUGUGUCAGAUGCAAGACGAAGAAUGUUUCAAACAUGUCAUCCAAUGGGGCUCGUUCAAGGUCCUUGGCGCAAAUGUGAAAGUAUCACUUCCCAAGUAGAAAAAUGAACUUUAUCCUUGCACAGUCGCAACACAGACGGUCAAUGGGAGAUCGAAGUUGCCAUGGACGAUGGCAAAGCAUCAAGUAGGACACUGUAGAUAGCCAGGUAUUUUAAAAGUUAACUGUGAAAGUAUCACUUCCCAAGUAGAAAAAUGAACUUUCACAGAACACAGAGGGUCAAUAUAGGUGAUUGAAGUUACCAUGGACCAUGUCCAUAGCGAUGGAAAAGCAACAAGUAGGACACUGUCGAAAGCCAGGUAUUUUGAAAGGUUAACUGGCCGAUUUUGUUAUUACGUGGUCGUACCCUGAUCUAAACCUAAUUAUUUUAAAGUAAAUAUUUGUUCACUUCAUCAUUUCAAAGAUGACUUUUGAACGAAGUUAUAAUUAAUGUUAAGAGGGCACAUAAUCCAUCACCGUUUUUUCAACGUAUAUUCUCAAUCCAGAUUAUAAGUUAGCCAUAUGGACGUUAGCCAAGUGUCCAGCUAAUGGGGGUCCCCAGAUAAGGAUAAAGUAAAAUAUACAUGCAAACCACAGUGCAUUAUCAUCCCAGCCGGAAUGCAGGAAUUGUUAUUCAAGGGACUCUUGAUUUCAAAAUUUCUCCCUCCAUAUGUAAUCAAUAUCAAUAACCUCCAGAAUCAUGUUUCGCUCGCUACUCUGGUUUAAAUAAAUGAUUACAAAGCCCAGUCGAA